AUGUCGUCCACCCAGGGGUCUUGCAACAAAGGUAGCUCCGGCAGCUCCAGCGCUGGCGGCUACAACGUGACCUCUUCCGGCACCAACAGCAGCGGCAAUCACUACUGCACCCGCGAUUAUGGAAGCUCGGCCUCGAACUCCAACUCGUACCACUAUUCAAACAGCGACGGAAGCUACUACUACUCCAACCCGAACGGUAGUACUUACUACAACACUGGUAAUGGAGGCAGCACCUACACUGCGCCGGGCCGCAAAUAG